AUGGAUGUGGCGCGUGCGCCGGGAGGUUUCCUGAUGCCGCACCAGGUGUACCACGAGAGGCGGCCGACGAACCCUGCGCCGCCGGCGGCGCCGGCAGGAGGAGGACCCAGCCGCAUCCGCAUGCGCACACCCCACGAGUUUUACGACGGCACGAUGGUGGCCACGCCCAGCGUGGACGUGGACGUCGACGACGACGACUCGGCCCCCGCUUCUUUCACCGCGUGGACCGCCACGAGCGGAGGGUUCCGCUGCGUGCCGGCAGCGGCCAGCGCCGUGGCGGGCCUGCCGGAGACGACGGUGGCCGCGGGCGGCGAUGGCGAGGAGACCUGCUGCGCGGUGUGCCUGGAUGGCUACGCGGCCGGCGACGCGCUGAGGACGAUGCCGUGCGCGCACGCGUUCCACGAGGGGUGCAUCGUGGAGUGGCUCUCCGUCAGCUCCUUCUGCCCGCUCUGCCGCUUCAGGCUGCCGACCCAGGCGGAGGAGGACGCCGCCGGCCAACACCAACAGGCGGCGCGCAUGGGAUAG